UCCAGUUUAAUAUAACGUAGUUCACUAAGUAGUCUGUUAUUUGUGUUUAGUCAACGAAACAUCAUCUUAUUUAAGAGCUAGACUCUUGUCGGUGUAGCCUUUUCUACUCCUCACGGUUCACAGCCAGUUCUUUUACGAAAUGCAAAGCCAAAAUACAAAAAAAAAAUCACCAGUCUGACAGUCGCGAAUUUGACGUUUGAAAAAUUGAAUUUGACGUAUAAGAUAGUGUUUUUGCGAUGGAUGAUCGAAAUUCCUCGCUAUUUAUUUGCUAAUUUGUACGUAAUAAUCUAGGAUUAAUUUCAUCUAUAAAAUCUACACACUGUUACCCAUUUUUAUAAGUUAAACUUGGAAUAAUUAAAGUAUAUUUUUGUUAGAAAAUUAGUGGUUUGAAAAUAAGUACAUUCGCUCUCACACAUAGGCAAGUGAGCUGAAAUUGUUGGAUCAGUUUCAACAUUUCUUAAGAAACUGAUGAUAACGGCAUCAAAUAUUUGAGAACCGAGUGUUACUGCUGCCUAACAGUAAUGGCCAAAGCAUCAGUUGUGUUGAGCUUCCACGAGGUGCUUUUACAUAAUUCAGAUCUUCAACUUUUGGAUGGUCCGUACUGGCUGAACGACAACAUAAUAUCCUUUUACUUUGAAUAUUUAGAAAAAAACCUAUUCAGUAGUGCAGAAGAGAUACUGUUUGUCUCGCCAGAAGUAACGCAGUGCAUCAAAAUGGUCGAUACUGAAGAAAUAAAAACAUUCUUAGAACCAUUGGGUAUACAGACAAAGCAAUUUGUAUUUUUUGCAUUGAAUGACAAUGAUUCUCCAGACAGAGCGGGAGGCUCACAUUGGAGCCUUUUGGUUUAUUCUAAACCUGAAAGUUGCUUUUUCCAUGUUGACUCGUCAUCUGGAAGUAACCAUAAUGUGGCGUGGGAAUUUGCAAGCCAUUUGAUGUCUUACUUUGUCAGAGGAGCUUCAACUAAUUUUGUAAACAAAGAAUGCACACAACAGAACAAUGGUUAUGACUGUGGGGUGCAUGUCAUCUUUAAUACUGAGAGAAUGGCGGAAUAUGCCCACAAAUAUGGACAAGUAGCCACUUGCGAUAUGCAAGUCAAAAUCAAUCCUUCAGCUAAGAGGAGGGAAAUACUCACAAUUAUACAUGCUCUCUCGAAUCAUGGUGUUGUUCUUUAAAAGUUGGUGUGCUUGCCAAAUCCAUUAUGUAGGAAGAACAUACAGGCAACUUAAAUAGUAGAUUUGUUUUACUUACAGACUCGGUUAAUUAUUUUAUUAUUUUAUACUGAUUGAUUUCAUGGAAAUAAAACAAAAACCAUUUAUAAUAAUUAUAUACAAGUAAAAGGUCAUUACAAAAAAUUACAUAUUGGAUU